UUGCUGCCAUGUUAUGAACAUCUUUCAGCAGCCGCUAAGCCGUUGAUUGCAUACUUGUAACUCAUGUUCUUUUGUAUGUAACGUGUAGCUUUUACCGCCGGGAAAGCGUCCCGACUACACGGACUCAACAGUUAGGUCACUUCGGUAGAAAUUACACAACGUUAUCGGAGACAAUAAGUUACGUUUGUAAAGUAGCCGGUUGCCGCGACGCGUUCAGGGUCCCCUUUCCCUGCUGGUAAUUAGUUUUCUCUCGGAGGUUAAUAGUAUAUUUAAAAGAUGUCGCUGCACGGUAAGCGUAAAGAAAUCUACAAAUACGAGGCACCAUGGACAGUUUACGCCAUGAACUGGACUGUCCGACCGGACAAACGCUUCCGCCUGGCGCUCGGUAGCUUUGUGGAGGAGUACAACAACAAGGUUCAGAUAGUUGGUCUGGAGGAGGAGAGCUCAGAGUUUGUGUGCCGAAACACUUUCGACCAUCCCUACCCCACCACCAAAAUCAUGUGGAUCCCCGACACUAAAGGAGUGUACCCUGACCUGCUGGCCACCAGCGGAGACUACCUGAGAAUUUGGAGGGUGAGUGAUACAGAGACCCGUCUGGAGUGCCUGCUCAACAAUAACAAGAACUCUGACUUCUGUGCGCCGCUCACAUCCUUCGACUGGAACGAGGUGGAUCCAAACCUGUUAGGUACUUCCAGUAUUGACACCACCUGUACGAUAUGGGGGCUGGAGACUGGACAGGUGCUUGGAAGGGUCAACCUAGUGUCAGGUCAUGUCAAGACACAGCUGAUUGCCCAUGACAAAGAGGUGUACGACAUCUCUUUCAGCCGAGCGGGCGGCGGCAGGGACAUGUUUGCCUCGGUGGGAGCGGACGGCUCGGUUCGCAUGUUUGAUCUCCGUCACCUCGAACACAGCACUAUCAUCUACGAGGACCCGCAGCACAACCCACUGCUCCGACUCUGCUGGAACAAACAGGACCCCAACUACCUGGCCACCAUGGCGAUGGACAGCAUGGAGGUGGUGAUCUUGGAUGUGCGUGUGCCCUGUACUCCAGUGGCCCGACUCAACAACCACAGGGCCUGUGUUAACGGCAUAGCCUGGGCACCACACUCCUCCUGUCACAUCUGUACGGCAGCGGACGACCACCAGGCUCUAAUCUGGGACAUCCAGCAGAUGCCGCGGGCCAUCGAGGACCCUAUACUGGCCUACACAGCCGAGGGAGAAAUCAAUAACGUACAGUGGGCCUCCACUCAGCCCGACUGGAUUGCUAUCUGCUACAACAACUGCCUGGAAAUCCUCCGAGUCUGAGCUGCAGACACGAAGAAAUGAGGCAUAAAACAACUCAAACAUUCUCAGUGGGAUUUACAAGCUGACAGGAGUUUGUUGAAGGAUUUUUUUGUUUAGUUUGUUUACUAAGGACAAACCAACAUGCUUGUUUUGGCUUCGUGUUGAUACACAUGAUGUGUGUGAAGCUUUUAUCAGCUGAGUGAAAACUAGAAUAUGUCACUGCUCGACUUUUUUGAUACUAUGAUACCGAGUCAUCCGGUAUCAGAAAACCCGAAACGAGCACUAAGACAAAAACCAGGUCUCAAGUAACCAAAAGACUGUUAUAUCUGUUGUAAUGUACAGAUUCAAAGCAAGGUUCAGUGCCCUUCGAGCUUUCAGCAAGUUGUCUAAUCGAUAAAUAAGCUAGUCAGUUACAUGUUUUUCUAUUCUACAGUGCACAUCUUGUUUUGCAUUUUAAGCCAUUACACCAUCCUUCAAUAUUAAUUUUUUGUUGCAGCAAAAAUGCGGUUUAGCCAUUUUCAAAAGUGAUUUGAAUGUGGUUAAUGUGGAUUUUAUAUAUAUGUAUAUAUAUAUAUAUAAUUCAACUGAAUAUCAUUUGUGAUUUGAAACACAUCCUAGUUGUGAUACAGUUUACUGGUAUUAACUGAGCAUAAUGCUUAUUUCUUUGUCAUUUCUGCAACAGUUUAUUCAUAGCAACAUAAUUUUAUUUAAUACAGAAAUAAACAGUCCCUCACUGUUUAAACCAUUAUACAGAAUUUUAAUAUUUACACAGCAGUUUAAAGUAUUUCACAGUGAAUUGACUCAUUAACGCACUGAUAAGAAUCUGUAUUUACAUCUUGAAAUGAUAGGUUGAAAAAGUGUCUUCUUCCAGGUACUGUAAAACAAUGAAGUACAUCCUACGAGAUCUGCGUAAUGGAAAGAACACAGCUGGUCAAACAGUAGAAAGUGACAUCGGAUCACGAAUGCUGUCGGUCCUGUUGUGAAGUUGGAAUCGGGAUUGGAUGGGAAACACGAGCCUUGGAUGUGAACAGUGAGUCCCAGUUGCUGUAGCUGUUAUAGAUUAAUUUUCACAAAUUGAAAGCCAGAUCAGUACAGGUGAGGCAGGUCCAGUGAUGUGGCACAUACUAUAAGUUGGCCAGUCAUUAACCAGGUAGAGUAGUACAGAAAUGCCAGAAGAGAUAUGUUUGUGGUAAACAGAGAGAACUGACA